AUGGAGGAAACGGACUCCACGUAUCCAGAGCGACCUGCUAAGCGGGUACGACAGGCUUGCGAGCCUUGCAGACGGAAAAAGGCAAAGUGCCCUGGAGAGCAGCCGGUCUGUUCUCUGUGCGCAAGACUACGGCAACCAUGCGUUUAUGCGGACGAGCGACGUCGUCCCCAGCCCUCAGACGAGCCAGCUAGGCUGAGUGUCUCGGGAGCACCAGCAUAUCAGUCACUGGAAGACAGAUUACACAGCCUAGAAGACAAAUUAGGAGCUGUACUUGAUCACCUAGGGUAUGGAUGUCCCGACACCCAUUUGCACUAUUUGACCCAAGCUUACCAGGAUUCUGUUAGUGCCAGCUCAAGAGAUGAGCGCUCAGUUGCAAAUGAGUCCUCGGCAAAUCUUGGACCCAAUUCAACCGUGAUUCUUCCACCUUGGGAGGACAUCACACCUAUAGCAGAGCUCUAUUUACUUUAUUGCGAGUCCCAGCCUCUGCCCCUCUUUCAUAGAGGCAGUUUUCUUGCCAGUCUCCAGACACGAGAUGUGGAGAUUAUCUAUGCUAUGUUGGCAUUGAGUCUUCGCUUCUCGGAACCAUAUUACCACAGGACUAGAGACCUGACAGAACUGGUAAAUAAUUAUGCUGAAGUUGCCCGUGGCCUCGUGAUGAGACGGGUCUCGGAAGGUCCUGUUGAGCUGUCCACUUUACAGUGUCUAUGUCUUUUGAGUCUGGUUGAUUUUACAAGUAAGUUCUCGACCAAUACCCCACUGGAUUGGACUGACGUCGUUGUUAGAUGGGAGUACACAUCGUUCCAGUAUUCACAGUAG